AUGACCGCUCUCAACGAAUGUGCCUCCAUUGACGUUCCCGACCGUCUCUCCGCUGUAACGCAUAACGGUCAAGUGUCCGCACCACACUUACUUCGUCGAGGCACUGAAGAGUUCUUCGACAUGUCUGCUCAUCCAAUAAAAGACGUGGAGCUCUUUACUGCUGCUCGUGACUUUUAUAAAAUUGGGAUAUUGGUAUUGGAAUGCUCCCUCACCGAGAGAAGGGGCGUCUCCUCGACUAAAAAGUUUGAUGAUGGAUCGUGUCUCCCGGCGAAAGAUUUAAAGGAAUCGCUUCGUGCGUCGCUGUCACCUUUUGGUACGGUUAUCCAACUUGGCUUGUACCGUGCCGCUGCUGGAUGGUUUCAAGGAUACGGGUACGCGGUGCUCCAAAAGGGCGAGGAUGAUGAAUCCUUAUCCGCCUUAAAGCAUCGCCUUGAAUUUGGACAAAUCGGCUCCACCAUGCGUGAUUUCUAUGCCACGUGGAAGGACAUGGGCUCCUACUACCGGGACUGCCCGCACUCCAACAGUGAUAAUCGACACCGCAAAUCAGCCAAGAAAUCCGCUAAUCAAGCAAGCGCCUCCUCACGUCAUGCAUUAAAAAAUCCAACAACAGACAGUGGGACCGAAAGUUCCAUCAACAUUGGCACACUAAAUGCUCGGCACCUUUCGAAAGUUGGCGAGCCAGACAAACAAUCAUUCUACAUCAAAGACCUUACACAACAAUCUUUACACAUCUUGGCACUACAAGACACUUGUCUGCCCACCAUUAUUCCCGAUCCGAUAUUACAUUCUCAACUACACAACUAUGACAGCAUAUGGAGUCCCUACUGCGGCUUGAUCAGCUUCACACCUUACAUUCGGUUUGAACCCUUCAUCUCCUUGCGAGACGGAAGAGAGCUCUGGGCCAAAGUCGUACAUUCUAACCAUGAUUUUGCCCCGUUCUAUAUCCUUAACAUCUAUGCACCAACACCACGCGGCGAGAGGCUAUGUAUUGUACUUGGCGACUUUAAUCAUUCAUACGAUCGUGUGCAUUCAUCUUAUGCCAGUGCUCCCACUGAAUGGCGCGCAUUCUUAGGCGAGCAUAUUAUUAAUAUGAUGACACCAGAUGAUCCACGGCAGCGCUACAUCCCAACUUUCCAAUCUUCAACAGCUUCUUCUGCUAUCGACUACGUUUUCAUGUCUAUUUCACUUAGCAGCAUCAGAAUUUAA